UUUGGUCUAUCAAUUCCAGAACUUCACGCUAUACCGACAGAUCUCCUUUAUUUUUUUAAAAUGGUUUCAUUUUGGUAAGUGGGUAUUUAUUUAAAUUACAAAUGCGAGCUAAGUUAUUCAUUUAAUUUACUUGCUAUUUUGAGUGAUCAUUUUUGCUGUUGGAUUCUUGAUCUUUUCUGGGUUAAGCAGAGCAUUUUGAAUUUUGAGUUUGUUUUAGUGGGAUAAAUUAGGUCAAUUUUACUGGUUUUGAAGUGAUAAACCUUGUCGGUGUUUUAGCAGUUUAUUUCCAAAUUGUAACGAAUUUAGAUGUGGAUUGCAUUUUGCUGGGCUUCAAGAAAUGGAAUUGACUAGGAUAGUUUUUAUAAUGGUUUUGCUCAGUUUCUUCCCCCCUUUAGCUAUAUUUGAGGGUAAUAUUGUAACAGGGUAUGAUUUCAGUUGAUUUCCCAAAAGUGAAAAUUGGCCAACUUGAAAUUUGAAAUUGACAUGUGAAUGUAGGAUUAAAGCUUUUUUUACAUUAAUUUUUCUGCAUUGCCAUUAAAUCUUGUGAGUGGAAGUUUAAACAUAAAUAGGAUAGAUCACGCAAAUUUGAAACAUUUUCGCAGUUUCUGUCUUGCGAAAUUUCAUUUUGACCCUUUGCUUAAUUGGCUUCUAAGUUUCAUUUGACACUCAAUAAUCAGCUAGGGAUAGUUUAUCUGUUUUUUAAUACUUGAUAUUACAAGAACUUCUUCUGCCUUCACUGGUGGAUUUAUUAGCAGUGCAUAACCGGGCACUCUUUAGGUUCCCCGAGUGGUGUAUGCUCACUCCCACAGGUUUUGAAUGCCAAUAAUAAAGCUGGAUUUAACUAACUAGUGCAAGCAAUAAGGUAUAUCAUUUUUUUUUAAUAAUUUUAUCAUGUUAGCAGUUCUUGAUAUCUGCAUGACUAAAUGAUCGUGGUACUCUUCUCCAAGAAUUCUUGGUUGUGGUGAUAUGGUGAAAAUCAAUAUUUAACCCACUCCUUUCAGAAAAAAGUAAUGUAAUAUUUCAAUCCCGCUCAGUCUUCCUCAUGAAGACAUCCUUAGAGCACAAGUGACAAGUCAGACUCAUGAAAGAAGGUUAUGACAUAGUAGCUAGGUUCAUGCUCGAUAAACCAGACUGGUUCUUGGAAGAUUAUAUCUUGCAACUUGAAGAUGAUAUCUUUGAUGAAAUAAAUGUUGCUCAGACAAAAGUCGAUAUAAUAUCUUUUGAAACUUCACCCGGAUUGAACACAACAACAGUUAUCUUUGCUGUUGAUUCUGAUGUCAAAACUAUGAGGGUCUCUCCGACAGCUCAGAGUUUAGUCAGGGCCAAUUUUGAAUCUAUACUUGUUCAUCAAUCAAAUCUGCGCUUGACUACUGCAUCUUUGUUUGGGGAUCCGUUAUCUUUUGAUGUGCUGAAGUUCAAAGGAGGGAUUACUGUGAGCCCGACGCAGAGUGCAUUCCUCAUGCAAAAUCAGCAGUUCCAUUUCAACUUCACCUUGAACUUUUCCAUUAAGGAAAUACAAGAUAAUUUUGAUGAGCUACGGGGGCAGCUCACUUCGGGCUUGCAUCUUGCUGCAUAUGAGAACUUGUAUAUCAGCUUGACAAAUCUAAGGGGUUCAACUAUUGAUCCUCCCACCAUUGUUCGGUCUCAAGUUCUUUUAGCAGUUGGGAUUAAGCCUUCAAGGUCUAGAAUGAAGCAGUUGGCUCAAACAAUUACUGGUCCUCAUGCCAAAAACCUUGGCCUCAAUAACACUGUUUUUGGUAGAGUUAAACAAGUGAGCCUUUCUUCAAAUUGGACGCGCUUACUUGGGGGUCCCGAUGCUGGCAGCCCCUCACCUUCUCCGGCCCCUCUGCCACACCAUAGCCACAACCAACAUACUAAUCUUGCUCCUGCAUUUUCACCUUCCACGAAAACUGGGAAGAGCGGGGAGAAACCACCGGUGCUUGCACCUGCCCCUGCGCCUUCUCCACACUUACAUAAGAUUCAUCAAGUCAAGCCUCCCGCUUGUCCUUUUGGCCCAAAGGGGAGGCCUCCGAGUAAAACACAUAAACAAAAUCAUAUGGCACCUCCAGUAUAUGCACCAAAUGCUGCUCCCGCUUCCUCAUUGAAACCACAUGGAGAGGCUCCAGCACCUAGCCCACAUGAAGUUCCUACACCGAGCCCACUGCCAAAUGUAGUUAAUACCCGUGUUCAUCCCCCGUCAGGAAGUAAUUCUGAUGCAGAGCCUCCUGACAAAUUGCGUUUAGUUUCGCACAUCCCAUCAUCAGCAUCCACAGUUCUUUAUUCAAAUUUAUGGGCUCUUCCUCCAUUUCUACUUGCACUACAUCUAUAGCAGCGGAAAGAGAAGCAAAAAAUUUUUUUUUUUCCAACAAAUUCACCUCCUAUAUUCGGGGAAGGAGUUCAGUACAACACAAUGGAGGAAAUUUGAAGGCAAUGUGAGAGCGAUGAUGCGGCAUGCCCCUCAGCUCACUUUUGAGUAGAUACCAUAUAUAUAUAUAUGUAUUUUGUGCGUGUAAAUAUGUGAUAAAACUUAAGGUGGUAGAUGGAUUUUCAGGUCAAAGUCACAGAGGUGACGGGCCUGACAUGACAUGCAUUGUUAAUUGUUAUGUAUGAUCUGUCUUCUACGUAAGAUGUAAGGAGGGAAUGAAAUGAAACUAGCAAAUGUAUAAAACUAUGCCCUUUUUGUUUCCAUCAUUGACCUUCCAUGUC